AUGAAAAAUUAUUGUUUUGUAAUCAAUGGUGAUUUGGUGAAUGUUGAACAAAUAAUUGAAAAUUCCAAAUGGUGGUGGAAACGAACAAGUUCCAGAGUGGGUUAUUAUUUAUCAAAAAAGAUGCAAACAUUUUAUGAGGUUGACGCACUACUUUGUCGUGGUGAAUUACGUUGUGCAUAUGCACGAAAAGAUCGAGCAACAAUCAUCGAACCAAUUCCAUUAGAACAAAUAUUCCGAGUAUUUCGAGUAUAUAGUCAUUGGAAGACAUGUAUCAGUUUUCAUCGAAUUAUCAGUUGUAUUAGUCCAGUUACAAAGAAUGCAAUUGAAGUUUAUGGCUUCCAAACACGAAUUUUUGUCCAAUAUUUGUGGAGAACUGAAAAACAAGAAGAAAAACAACGUGUAGCACAAGAAUAUCGAGCAAGUAAGAUUCCGAUAUCAUCAACUACAUUAAAGACUACUCCAAUGCGAAGAGCAUCAUUAAUUGGAACACCUAAUGGAUCACCUUCAUUUACACAAUAUUCGAUUGAUAAUUCGACUGCUGUUACUGUAGUAUCGAAACGUGGUCGUCGUUCACGUAUUCCAAAUCUUAAAGUGAAUUAUCAGCGGAAACAAACUUUCCAAACGGAUCAAUCACUCAAUCAACAUCAUUCUUUGAUACCACAAUUGCGUAAUGCAAGAAUUAGAAGCAACAAUUUCAGAAAUAUCGAAAAAAAAUUAGGACGAAAAGAAACUUUCCCAGUAUAG